CCCUUCUGCCCCCAAGAGGCUGCCGACCCCUCGAUCCCUGGGCUCCUCUAGCUUCACCAUGAACCUGGCGCAUGCUUGGCGUUAGGAGAAAUUUCUGAAGCCGGAGAGGGAGUCAAGGAAAUUCUUUGGUUGCUAAGUGUGAGUGAAGACACCCAGGAUGGCUCAGGGAUCCGGGGAUCAGAGAGCAGUGGGGAUCGUGGACCCAGAGGAGAGUUCUCCAAAUAUGAUAGUCUACCGCAAAAUUGAAGACAUCAUUACAAAGAUGCAAGAUGACAAGACAGGGGGUGUGCCCGUCAGAACAGUCAAGAGCUUUCUCUCCAAAAUCCCCAGUGUUGUCACAGGUACGGACAUUGUACAGUGGCUUAUGAAGAACCUUUCCAUCGAGGACCCAGUUGAAGCAAUACACUUGGGAAGCCUUAUAGCUGCCCAGGGCUACGUCUUCCCCAUCUCGGACCAUGUUCUUACCAUGAAGGAUGAUGGCACCUUUUAUCGUUUCCAGGCCCCAUACUUCUGGCCUUCAAAUUGCUGGGAACCUGAAAACACGGACUAUGCCAUCUACCUCUGUAAGAGGACAAUGCAGAAUAAAGCAAGGCUGGAACUGGCAGAUUAUGAAGCCGAAAACUUAGCGAGACUCCAGAGGGCCUUUGCAAGGAAGUGGGAAUUCAUCUUUAUGCAAGCAGAAGCACAAGUCAAAAUUGAUCGGAAAAAGGAUAAGACAGAAAGGAAAAUUUUGGACAGUCAAGAACGAGCCUUUUGGGAUGUCCACAGGCCAGUGCCAGGCUGUGUGAACACAACAGAAAUGGAUAUCAGAAAAUGUCGACGUUUGAAGAACCCACAAAAGGUUAAAAAGUCAGUGUACGGUGUGACUGAAGAAUCCCAGUCGCAAAGCCCGGUGCACAUCCCCAGUCAGCCAAUCAGGAAAACUACAAAAGAAGACAUCCGGAAACAAAUAACAUUUUUGAGUGCACAGAUUGACAGACAUUGUUUAAAAAUGUCCAAAGUGGCUGAAAGCUUAAUUGCUUACACGGAACAGUACAUGGAAUAUGACCCCUUGAUCACACCAGCUGAGCCAUCCAAUCCCUGGAUCAGUGAUGAUAUCGCUUUAUGGGACAUAGAGAUGAGCAAAGAGCCCAGCCAGCAGCGAGUGAAGAGAUGGGGCUUCUCUUUCGAUGAGAUCUUGAAGGACCAGGUGGGGCGGGACCAGUUUCUACGAUUCCUGGAGUCGGAAUUCAGUUCAGAAAACCUCAGGUUCUGGUUGGCAGUCCAAGAUCUUAAGAAACAGCCCCUCCAGGAUGUGGCCAGGAGGGUGGAAGAAAUCUGGCAAGAGUUUCUGGCUCCCGGGGCCCCAAGCGCAAUCAACCUGGAUUCUCACAGCUAUGAGAUAACCAGUCAGAAUGUCAAGGAUGGAGGGAGAUACACAUUCGAAGAUGCCCAGGAGCACAUCUACAAGCUGAUGAAGAGUGACAGCUAUGCCCGCUUCCUCCGGUCCAAUGCUUACCAGGACUUGCUGCUGGCCAAGAAGAAGCCAGAAAGUGAGCAAGGUCGUAGAACUUCCUUAGAAAAGUUCACUCGCAGUGUGUGCUGCUGGCGCAGAGUCAGAAUGGCCGCUGCAUUUCACCCCCGAGGCGGCUUCCUUCCAGCAGUGGGGAAAGUCACUGGCGGGCAAGCGCCUCACCGGCCUGAUGCAGUCCUCCUGACGGUCCCCGCCGCAGGGCCCGGGCCCGAGGACCACGCGGGCAGCCGGCGGCGCUCCACGUCUGCGGACAGAGCAUCCCUGCGGGGAGAUUUGGUCACUGUGAAGGAGAAGGAGUGAGGGCCCGGCCACGGUGGGGAGACCGCGGUGCGUGAACCAGAGGGAGGCCAGAGAGAGCCCUCGGAGGCUGGGGUCGGCCGGGCAGAGGCCCCUGUUUACAACCCCCUCUCCUUGUACAGUCGUGUGCCGACGCCUCGCUCUGUAGGAGAUUCCCGUCCCUCACGUGUUCAGGGGAGAGCGCCCGGCGGGGCUCCUGCCGUGACUGUCCCCUGAGGUUCCAUUCUGAUUAUCAUCACUCCUCCCCGCUGUCUGGGGGAUCACGCCUUCCAGCAAACUCGAGAGGACCCACCGCCCCCAAGCACAUUCAGUAUUACAAAUACAACCCACCGCCUGUGGUGCACCCGUGGCGCCCGCCCCAGUCACGCCACUGUGUUCCAACUGCCUCCCGCCUGCCCGAUCGCUGCGGCCACCGCGUGUAAGGAGCCGGACCGGGCUGCCCUCACACCACGCCCCCGUCCCCCGGUCACACCAUCAGCACUGAGCCGCCUCGUGGAUCGCAGCACCUCACGUUCUUCCAACCCGCUUUGAGGCCACCUUUCAAAGGGGUGGCCACAAGGCACUGGAGGCUGCCCCCUGCUCCUGUCAACCGUCUCGAGGGUCCAACACCAGAGGAGGCACUGAUGUCAAUGAAAGAGCUUGUGAUUCAACACCCCUGAAGGUCCUGACCGUCUUUUAAAAUUUUGAUUAUUUCGUAAUUUAUUUUGUUGCGGCCCCUCGCUCCUUGGUGUGUCCCCGCGUGUCUUACUUAAAAUAAAUGUGGCGGUGAACUUG